AUGGCUGGCAGUAUCAAGCAAGAGGAUGUUUGCUACGUGGUAGCAAAGUACGAUUACGAAGCGCAAGGUGCUCAAGAGCUUGAUUUAAGGAAAAACGAUCGUUAUCUGCUAUUGGACGAUAGUAAGCACUGGUGGAGGGUACAGAAUACACGCAAUCAGUCAGGUUACGUGCCGAGCAAUUACGUGAAAAAGGAGAAAAAAUCCGUCUCACUGUUCGAUAGCUUUAAGAAGAAGGUUAAAAAGGGUUCCGGCAGCAAAACACUUCCCAACUGUUCACCUUCCAGGCAGGUUGAUAGUCCCACAAUGAGCCGACGUUUACCGCCGGAUCCUUCGGAGGCUAUUGCUUCUACGCCGAUAGGAACUGCCAUAGUCAAAUAUAACUACCAAGCGCAGCAGCAAGACGAGCUGUCACUCACCAAGGGUACGCGAAUAUUGAUAUUGGAGAAAUCAAACGAUGGCUGGUGGCGUGGACAGAGUGGUUCUGCGACCGGAUGGUUUCCUAGCAACUAUACAACAGAAGAAAAUGAGGACGACACUUUGCACACUUACGCGAUGGCAGAGAACGUGUUGGACAUCGUGGUGGCUCUAUACUCAUUCAAUUCGAACAAUGAUACGGAGCUAUCAUUCGAAAAGGGUGACCGUUUGGAAAUUCUUGAUCGACCAGCAGCCGAUCCCGAAUGGUACAAAGCCCGAAACAAUAAUGGUCAGGUAGGGCUAGUACCGCGAAACUAUUUGCAAGAACUGUCGGAAUAUUUGGCUCAACCAUUCCGUAGCAACGGUAGUGGUCCGGAUUCUCUCGACCGACGACCUAAUGAUGCGCAAUCGAACAACAACAACUCCAACACGAACAACAGCAACAACAACAACUCCCAGCAGCCGGAAAGACCUCACCUGACCGGCAAAAGCUGGUACUACGGUGCUAUUACACGAAGUCAAUGUGAUACGGUUCUAAAUUCUCACGGACACGAUGGAGAUUAUUUGAUUCGUGAUAGCGAAACGAAUCUGGGUGACUAUUCUGUUUCGUUAAAGGCCCCCGGCCGCAACAAGCAUUUCCGUGUGCACGUGGAAGGUAAUAUGUACUGCAUCGGGCAACGCAAAUUCCACACACUGGAUCAACUAGUGGACCACUACCAAAGAGCUCCCAUCUACACAAACAAGCAGGGUGAAAAGCUGUAUCUGGUACGACCGUUACCGAAAGCAAACGGUACCUAAGCUCGAUAUUAAAUGCAAAAGUCACCGGAUAUUUUGCG